GCCGGCAUCAGUAUUCGAUAGGCUUGCACUUGUAACAGGUGAAAAGUGAUCUCCAAAUAGAAACGAUUCCGUUCGUCAUUUAUCCCGCUUAAAUAAAAUAUUGCUGCUCUUAACUAUAAUUACCCAGUAUCAUUAUGAAUCACGGCAACGGUAACGGAAUGGGAAAUGGAAUGGGUCAUGGAAAUGGUAAUGGAAAUGGAGGCGGAAUGGGCGGAAUGCAUCAUGGCGCCUGUCCCAUGAAUAUGGCGUUCCACUUUGGCCACAAAGAAUGCAUCCUGUGGGAAGGUUGGCUCCCCGAAACCGUUACCGAAUUUGUUUUCUCCGCUUUGGCUCUAUUUGCAGCAGCAUUCCUCUACGAAGCUAUUAAAUUUGUACGUGAAUAUUUAUUACGACGCACAGCGGAGAAAGAUGCAGCAAAACGUGGCAACAAUACAACGAGAGGAACAGUGUGCCCAAAAGAAGAUGAAAGUGCAUCAUCGUCUAGCCGUAUGCCAUUGCUUAGUGAAAAGACCUACCUCGAGAAGAUUCUGGCCAAACCCCAUUUAAUUCAGGCCUCAAUUAAUCUCAUACAAAUAAUUAUGUCCUAUCUGCUGAUGUUGGUCUUCAUGACCUACAACUAUUGGUUGUGUUUGUCUGUCGUGUUGGGUCUGGCCUUGGGUUAUCUAUUCUUUGGAUGGAUUAAACAGGAUGCCUACGAUAGUGAAUGUUGUCAGUAAAAAGCAUAUUUAAAAAAAAUCUAAUAAUUUAGCCCAAUCAAGCAAAUAUUUUAUGUGCUAAUAUAUAUAUAUAUACAUAUUUCGACUGUGCCAUAUUUUAAAAAAUUAAAAUUUUAUGAAGAAAAUAAACAAUUAAAUUGAUAAAA